AUGUCUCAGUCAUGUGCUGCUGAAUCAUGUGAAUCUACAUUAGGUAUUUCUUGUCAUUGCUGUGACAAAACAUUCUGUCCAGAUCAUUUAGAUGAACAUUAUGAAUCAAUUAAUAGUCAAUUAGAUCCUUUGACUAAUGAAAUCAAUAUUCUUUACGAUCAAAUUAUGAAAAAAACCAAGGAAAAAUUAAUUGGUAAUUGUCUUAAGAAGCUCGAUAUAUGGCGUGAUGAAUGUUAUCAAAUGAUAAAUCGUUUAUAUGAAAAAAAAUGUCAUGAACUUGAACAACAAUAUGUUAUAAAAACGGAAAAACAACAAAAAGAAAUCGAACAAAUGCAAUCAAAAAUAAAUAAACUUAUUCAUGAGCAUGAUGCGACACAACAAGAUAUUGAAUUUUUUAAAUUAACUAUUGAAACAAUAAAACAUGAAAUAAAACAAAUUCAUCAAAUAUGUUUUAAUAUAAAUAUUCGUCCAUUAGAAUUAUAUGAAAAUUUUAUUUCAAUUGAAGAAACAAAACGAGAUGAAAUCGAUUUUACAAUUCUUUUACCUCCAUACAAAACAAUUGCUUGUUCUGAAGAUUAUAAUGCAUAUAUAAGAUGUACUGCGAAUGACAAUUUUCUAUUGAUACAUCAUAAGUCAGAAUUACAGUUGUUUAAUAAAGAAUUAAUAAUGAUAAAAAAUAUACCAUGGAAAAAUCAUGGAGUAUAUGAUAUGUGUUGGUCAUUGACAUUAAAUAGAUUUAUUGUGCUUGAUUAUAAUAAACAAAUUUAUCUUAUUAAUGAAAGUUUAACAUCAGUUGAACAAAUUGAAAUAAAUCCAGAGCAAUUCUGGUGGCAUUGUACGUGUUCUGAUACUUCUCUAUAUCUCUUAGCAUCUCAGCAUCGUACAGAUAUUUUUCAAUUUGAUCUUCAAUCACCUUUUCCAUUAAUUAAACGUUGGAAAAUUUCUAAUCUAUCUAAAGAACGUGAUAUUAUUACAGAUAUGACUUAUAAUGAUGAAACACUUGCUUUAAUAAUUCAAAAUGGAAAUAAAACCCGUAUGGAACUUCGAUCAUCUAUAACAUUCGAUCGAAUUUGGUUAUUGCAACUUGAUACUAAAUAUGAUAUUAUUCAUUCAAUUACUUAUUCCUGUUUACUUAAUUGUAAUGAUUGGCUUCUACUAGAUUAUAAUAAUUCUCGUCUUAUACAUAUCGAUAAUAAUGGAACAAUAAGAUCAAUUUCUAUGUACAAUCCAGCACCUACAAAUGCCAUUCUUUUCGGUUCAAACAUCCUAGUUAUAAAAACUGAUAAAUCUUGGAAUUUUCAUGAAAUAUAA